GUUAGAGGCUCGCAACAGGGCUGAUCGGUCAUUCUUCACCGCUCGGAUCGAUCUGAACGGAAUAUCUCGGCUCUGUUCGGUCAGGUGACUAUAAGUGUGCUGUGCAUGUAUGGCUGAUGGACAGGCGUCUGAACCAGUCACAGGACAAUGCUGGCACGAAGCCGUUUCAUGCUGGUGCUGAUGGUGGGUGCCCUGCUGGCGGUGCUGAGUUUCAGCCUGCAGUAUUUGCACCUCAUUCCAACCAAUCCGGUGGCAGAGCAAAGGUCACUUGGUAAAAGCAGAAAGCGUGUGAAUCCGGUCCUCCACACGGAUGCUCCCGCUCCAGACCCCAUCCGAGACACUCACAAGUACUGCAAUUACCCCAACCUCACCGAGCACGGCUGGGAGGGUCACAGUCCGGCUGACUACAGGCUGCUGUCGGUGCAUGUGAUGAUUCGGCAUGGUGACCGUUUCCCUCUGUACUCCAUCCCCAAAACCAAGAAACCCGCCAUAGACUGUUUACUAUCGGAAAAGAGAAAUCCCUCUCACCCCCUCUUGGCCUCCUUCAUUAGUCACAUGGCUCUCAGUGGGCGUGGUCACUGGGACACAUCACUGGUAUCUCUGCCCAGAUUACCCAAUCACAGCACCUGUGAAAUGGGAGAGCUCACACAAACAGGAGUCGUACAGCACUUGAAAAAUGGCGAUCAUCUUCGCCAGGCUUACAUCAAGCGUCACAAUCUACUCACUGCUGAUUGGUCGCCACAGCAGUUGUGGGUGGAAACUACAGGUAAGAGCCGCACCCUUCAGAGUGGAUUGGCCUUCCUCUUUGGGUUCCUGCCUCAUUUCGAUUGGUCACGGCUGACGGUAAGACAGCAGUGGAGUACGCUGUUCUGCGGUUCCUCGUGCGACUGUCCCGCACGCAACCGGUACCUGGAGCAGGAGCAGCGCAGGCAGUAUCGGCAGAGGACUGCAGACACCGAACUGGAACACACAUAUGUCACAAUGGCGAAGACGUUGGGUGUGGCCACAAAGACUCUAAGGGCGGCCAAUCCGGUGGAUGCAUUGUUGUGUCACUUUUGUCAUGGUCUUUCUUUUCCAUGCUCUAGCACACAAACUACAUCAAACGCUCCAGAUGAGGAUGCGUGUCUUAAAAUACAGCACUUUGCUGUGAUUCGACGGCAGCAGAAAAAUGAUGAACUUGAGCGGCUGGAGGCGGGGAUUUACCGCCAGUAUGCUGUUCUCGCGGCACAUCCGUACCUAAACCGCACUGCAACACGGAUGGAGAGGAUUGCCAGGGGAAGCCAAACGCGCAAAGGCAAGGAAGAGGCGGUCUUCGCUUUAGCAUCUGCUCAUGACGUAUCAAUGGCACCGCUGCUAAGCGCGCUUGGUCUGGAAGGGGCGGGGUUUCCAAAGUUUGCAGCGCGGCUGGCGUUUGAGCUGUGGAAGAGCCCGGAAGUGAAAGACAAAGACAGAAAGAGUGAUAGAAAAGAAGGAAAGUGGUUGGAAAAUAUGUUCAUUCGUGUUCUCUAUAACGGAGAGGACUUGACCUUUGAAACAGCUUUCUGCCGUGACCACAAUCGACACUCGGCUCAGCCGCUGUGCCCUCUGGGUAAUUUCCUGUCUUUUGUGAGAAAGGAUAUGUUUAAUAUUGUCAAUGCGACGAGUUACCAGCAGGCCUGCCACCAAACUGUACUGUAAAUGUGAACGACUGACAGAGAGCAAACAUGAAGCAAGAAUGAGGAACAAGUAUAGUUUACCCAAAUA